GUGUUUACUGUGUAGUUAUCCGUGACUGUUUGGUAAAGCUUAGCUGAGCCCGCCUGUACAAUAGUCUUAUCUCGCAUGAAUAACGGUUGUAUUGAAAAAUUAAAUACAUCCCUAAAAUGGCCGGAAGCGCUGGAGAAUGGUGUUUGAUGGAAAGUGACCCAGGGGUUUUCACAGAACUGAUAAAAGGGUUUGGGUGUAAAGGUGCGCAAGUGGAGGAGAUAUGGAGUAUGGAACCAGAAAAUUUUGAGAAUCUGAAACCUGUUCAUGGACUGAUUUUCCUUUUCAAGUGGCAGCCUGGUGAGGAGCCAGCUGGCUCAAUUGUUCAGGACUCAAGACUUGACCACAUAUUCUUUGCCAAACAGGUCAUAAACAAUGCCUGUGCAACCCAGGCAAUUGUCAGUGUGCUAUUAAAUUGCACACAUCAAGAUGUACUGCUUGGAGACACAUUGGCAGAGUUCAAAGAGUUCUCAUUGAGCUUUGAUGCUGCUAUGAAGGGCUUGGCUCUGAGCAAUUCUGAAGUAAUUCGUCAAGUCCACAAUGGUUUUGCCAGACAACAGAUGUUUGAGUUUGAUGCAAAGUCAUCAGCAAAAGAUGAAGAUGCCUUCCAUUUUGUGAGCUAUGUCCCUGUCAACGGCAGACUCUAUGAGCUGGAUGGCCUCCGUGAGGGACCAAUAGACCUUGGUGUAUGUAAUCAAGAUGACUGGAUUAAUGCAGUGCGACCUGUCAUUGAGAAAAGAAUACAGAAGUACAGUGAAGGAGAAAUCCGGUUCAACCUUAUGGCCAUAGUUUCAGAUCGUAAGAUGAUCUACGAACGCAAGAUCACAGAACUCCAGGCCCAACUCACAGAGGAAGAACCCAUGGACACUGACCAGAGCAGCAACCUGUUCAGCUCCAUCCAGUCAGAGAUCGCUAAGUACCAGCUCCUGAUUGAAGAGGAGAACCAGAAACUGAAGAGAUACAAAAUUGAAAACAUCCGAAGGAAGCACAACUAUUUGCCUUUCAUUAUGGAACUACUGAAGACACUGGCAGAGUAUCAGCAGUUGAUACCCUUGGUGGAAAAAGCGAAGGAAAAACAAAGUGCCAAAAAAAUCCAAGAGGCAAAGUGAUAUCUUAUCAUCAUUGUCACGUUGUUUGUGUGAGUGAACGUGUGUAUGUGAAUGUGUGUGCGUGUACGCAUAUGUCUUAAGAGAGUGGUUGAGUUAAUAAGACCUUACUGGUUUACUCUCCCAUUUCCUGUGAGCCACCCCCCCUUCCA